AUGCAUGGUUACGGAGCUAUAGAUAUUGACAUAGAAAUGGGUGAAAUGGAAUCCGAUUUAGAUCCCACUUUAACUUCGUUUCAAGCGUCAGCCAUAAUAGCAGUUUGUGCUGCGGUGUUAAUCGGAAAUGCGUUUGUUUGUGCUUUAAACUGUUUCAAAACUCACGUACAUGGAAUUUAUUUAAAAUUCGUAAUGGUAUCCGCAGCUAUGAACAUGAUUGCGGCUUUAAUUUGCAUGCCUUUAAUGGCGGCGGGUUUGAUCCAAUCGGAGUGGAAAUUUGGAUAUUUACUUUGCAAGAUGAGUGGUAUUAUUUGCUUUAGUAGUAUGGCUGCUACCAUGUUUUUCUGUAUGCUUGCCGCACUGUGUAAAAGUGUUUUGUUUGUACGUGCUCGCUUUGCAAAGAAGAAAUGUAGCGUGUUUUGUGAACGAGACUUCACUAUUAUCUUCACUGUAUUCGUUUUCGUGCUUGUUUCAUUGCUUAUUCUGUCGCUCCUGAUAGAUACAAAAAAAGUUCGACAAGAUCCACAAAGAGCGUUAUGUCGAUACGCGAAUUCACCUAAUUUAACCGGUUACCGUAUGUUUUACGUCGCGUAUUCGAUAUUGCUGACGUUUGCAGAUUUAGUUUUGGUUAUCCCGCUACAAACAGCGGAAUAUUCCGUGCAGAGCGAAGACUUUGAUUGGCUGACAGGAACUGUUGUUAAAAAGUGA